GGUAAGCAGACAGCUCGGAGCGGGACCCUUGAAACUAAACACUUUACUGUCUGUUGUUGUGUUUUUUUGGGGGGGACUUUAGCCUUAUUUCACAUUUGUUUAUAAAGAUAGAAAUUAGUUUUUAAUUUAAAAUGUGCUUAACAACAUUACAGCGUUAGGCUUGGGGUCUGUGUUUCAGAGUAAAGCUGAAUAAUUAAUUAUGACAAUAUAAUAGUAUCAGUACUAAUGCCCCUAAGUGCAUGAGAAACAAAGAAAUGGCUCCCAAGAAGCAGCAGCUGAAGCCAACAACAGCUAACAUCUCCAGCUCGUUGGACCUGGAGUCUGAGGACAUCAGCCUGGAGACAACAGUACCGACCACCGAGGAUGUGUCUUCGUCCGACGAGCAACGCAACGGCUCCCAGAAGGUCACGCGCCAGCUGAUCGAGAGGAAGGAGCUGCUGCACAACGUUCAGCUGCUGAAAAUAGAGCUUUCCCAAAAGAACCUGAUCAUAGACAACAUGAAGGCGGACCACAUGGCAAAGGUUGAGGAACUCGAGGAAAAACUGAACGACGCCUUGCAUCAAAAGCAGGUCCUCUCUCUUAAACUUGACAGCCAGCUUAAGCUUGCACAAGAGGAGAACAGGAAACAGCAGGCUCUGCGUAAGCAGGAGAUGGAGACCAUCCUGCUCAGGCAGCAGCAGCUGGAGGAGACUAACCGGCAGCUGUGCGAGAAGGCAGGAGAGCUGCGCCGCUCCCUGCGCGAUCUGGACAUAACCCAGGAGCGCUACCAGGAGCUCUGCAGCACUCCUGACGACAAACUAAGCAUCCAGGAAUAUGUAGCUAUGCGUUUCUAUGAGGCUGUAACUCCUCUCCGUGCUCAGCUGACUCAGCUGAGUGAACAGAAGGGCUAUCUGACUGAGGAGCUGGACGUACAGCGGAACAAGAUGAAGCUUUUGAUGGAGAGCUAUGAGGAAGAGAGGCGGCUGCGCGCAGAGCUGGAGCUGAGGAGCCAGAGGCUGACCUUAGAGCUGGCUGAUACCAAGCAGCAUAUCCAAGAGGGCGACUAUCGCAGAGACAACUACCCAAACAUCAGGAGAGAACGUGAUGAAUUAGAAUCAGAGCUGAAGGAGUUAAAGAGGAGGUUUGAGGCGGUGGACUUGUCUCACGCUGCAAUAACCAGAGAGAGGGAGACACUCAGCAGUGAGGUGGCGACCUUGCAGCAGUCAGUGACUCUCCUGGAGAAGGACAAGGAAUACCUGCACAGGCAGAACAUGGAGCUCAGUGUCCGCUGCGCUCAUCAAGAAGAUCGUCUAGAUAGACUACAGGUACAACUAGAGGAUGCAAAGAAAGCCAGAGAGAAUACGUAUGAAAAAUAUGUAGCAUCCAGAGACUACUAUAAGUCAGAGUAUGAGAACAAGCUCAGAGAUGAGUUGGAGAAUAUCCGGCUGAAAACAAGUCAGGAGAUCGAGAACCUUCAGAGAACCUCCCGAGAGAUGUAUGAGAGAGAGAACAGGAAUUUGCGUGAGGCCAGAGACAAUGCAGUCCUAGAAAAAGACAGAGCUGUCGCCGCUGAAAGAGACUCUCAGUCAAGAUACGACCAACUGCUGGAGCAGUUUCGUCAGCUUCAGCUGGGCACCGACAGCCGAGUAGCAGAGCUGUCCAGUCAGGCCAAGCUGCACUCCUUCGAAGCAGAGCGAGCUCUUUUACUCAAGGAAGAGACGGCGAAGGCGCUGGCUCAGUGCCAGGUGGAGUGUGAGAAACAGCAGAAGAAGCUGGAGCUUCUCACUCAGGAGUUUUACACUCUCCAAGCCUCCUCUGAGAAGCGGGUGGCUGAGCUUCAGGCCCAGAAUGCAGAGCAGGCAUCACGACUUGAGACAUAUGAAAAGAUGGAGCAGGAGUUGGACCAGGUUACCAUGCAGGCGGCUGAAAUUGAGAAUGAGGAAGAGGCAGAGAGAAUUCUCUUCUCAUAUGGAUACGGUGCAAACGUUCCAACGACGGCUAAAAGAAGACUAAAGCAAAGUGUUCAUCUGGCCCGCAGGGUGCUGCAGCUUGAGAGACAGAACACAUCACUGAGGAGGGAUCUGGACAGACACCAGUCCCAGACAGGACAGAUGUCUCAGGAGCUGUCUGCAGCCAACCAGCUGUUGCAGCAGACCCAGCAGCCUUACAGCUUUCUAAUCCAGACUGUGAGGGAAAGGGAUGCACAGCUUAGCGCACUGAAGGAACGCCUCUCAUCCCUUGAGGAAGAAGUCAGUUCGUUGAGGAAGGAGCGAAAUGCUCUCCAACAAGUGAAGAACGACAUGGCAGCUGACCUGGAGCGACUUCUCAACAAUAGAGAGGAGUUGGCAAUGAUGAAGCAGACCCUGAUCAGCAUGCAGUCCAGAAAGGGAAAGGGUCUUGACCUGUUUGAAACUGGUAACAGUGCUACGAGGACCUCUAGAACAGCAGGGCAGCAGUCCAAACGCGUCAGCAGAACUGACGAGGAAGAAUCAUCAAACAAGCCCAAACCGACUGUUUUUACCAAAGGAGAAGUUCCUGAUUGGUACCAAAGGGCAAAGCAGAAACCUAAAUGAGAAUUUUCCAUAAUUUGGAGCCGAUUCAGGAUUUUUUCUUAUGUAAAUGUAAUAGUACAGUUUUUUCUUGUAAAUGGUGUUUAUGUUUUUAUUACAAAAGUAAAACAAGUCACUUAUAUCUGGGUGUUUUUGUUUUUGUCCAAAUCGUGCUCACCAGUUGCACCAAAAUUCCUCAUCCUUGGCAGCGUUCAGCUUCGAUGCCAUUUAUUCCUCAUCUUUUUCGGCUACACAUGCUGGUUGCUACAGACAAGCAACACAGCAGAAACUUUAGCCUUUGAUUUGCUCGAGCUGAAACUCCUUUGGCUUUAAAUAUAGACAUACUAGGCAUGCCUUUAUCAUUUCAGACUAAGUUCUUAUUGGUGUCAUAUUAAACUCAGCCACACAGCCACUGGGAAGCAGUGCUGUGACCUUUUCAG